GUGACUUCCCAUGACGUCACAUAAAAAAAUCAAUGUGAAGGGCUGCCAUUUUCUUUCAUUCCAUGAUAUCCGAAAAGCCGAUUUCAAGAAGAAACAAGCGUAUAUUACAGGAAUUGCAGGGCCUGAAUAAUUGAGAUUGUUUGAUAGCACUUGGGCGAUGUUUUGAAGGUUUGUUUGAGGCAUGGCAUUUGAAGAAAACACCACUCCUUUACGCUGAUUGUCAACAUAGACAACUCCAUCCUAUCACAUGGUCUCAGCUCCGAUAUCUAGGAUCUCCAUAUGACGAUGGCCACUGAAUCACUUCUUCAGCCACAAGAUUCGCGGGGCAUUGGCAUCAAAGGGGCAGUCCUGUGUAAACAGUCUGAGAUCGAGGAGGAUGAACAGGACACAAGCCCUGGGUCCGACCAAUCGGACGCCACCAUCACCUCUGCAGAUAAAGAUGUUCAAGAUCAAGGUGACAAUGCUCCUGAGAUUGUCCAAUCAGAUGUCAGUAUUUCAGAAGAGCCAAACUUGUUGGUCAGUCAGAAUGGAACCCAGAAACUGAAACAGCUGAAGAGGUCGGGAAAGGCGUUUGAAGAGUCCCCCUCCCCUGACCCGCACAUGCUGAUGCCCGAGUCCACUGCCAAUGGCCUGAAUUCAUCUAAUCAGUCUCAGUCAGCAUCUAGAGAGCGCCUACACAAGUGUGAAUCGCAGGGAUCUGAAGCAGGGUCUUCAUGUCUGUCCCGUGAUUCGAGUAUAGAUUCCUCUCCAUACAAAGAUUCUACAGGAAUUAAUCUAGAGGACUUCAUCCACAAAACAAUAAAUAAAUCUCCCAAAGAUAGAAAUAUGUUGCUGAAAUUGGAAACGGAUCUGAUCAACUUUAUUAAUGAGCCCAAGCACCACUACUUAAAAUUUCCUCAGAUGUCUUCAUAUGACAGGAUGCUGGUACACAGGAUUGCAGCUUACUUUGGAUUGGACCAUAAUGUAGACCAGACAGGGAAAUGUGUUAUUGUCAACAAAACCUCCAAUAAAAGAAUACCUGACUUCAGCUUUAAGGAACAUAUUGAUAACCUAGAGUCUGGACCUAAAGUCAAGUCCAUUAUUCAGAGAGAGAACAAGAGUUUAGAUGACCGGGAUGUACGUAUUCACCAAUCACCGCUGGGCUUUCUGAUAUACCCAAGAAAUUUAGACAAACCCUCUUUAGCACACACAAAAGCAAGAUCAUUUGAAGAAAGAAGAAAACGUUAUGAGAAAGUACGGAGUAAAAUUUUCAAUAGCUGUGAUGCUGAUCCAUGCCAGGAGCCAAUGGCAUUUACUGAGGAUGAGAUGAAAAAUGGAAUUCCAAACAUGAUGUAUGUCGGUAAGAAGCCUAUUCGUCCUUCCAGUAUCAGUAAGAGCUCAGAGGGCCACCCUUGGAGUUCCACGGAUUCAAGUGGGUAUGGAACAGAUUGCUCUUCCAAAUCCAAAGGAAUUCCAAAGGCCAAUAGCUUUGGUGGAAUGUCUCAGGCCCACUCACAACAUAUCAAGACUGCCAACAAGAGUCAGAGUCUGUGUAAAGCAGACUCAAUGAACUCUGGGACAGCUAGCCCGGGUUUUCAAAGACAUUUUGCUACACCUCCAGGCAGUCGAUCUGGAAGCUCUCCUCUGUCGUGUGGUAGCUCUACUGGUCCAGUACAGUCCCCGAUACAUCAGGGUUUUCUAUCGAGUCAAGGACAGAAUCAAGCAUUAUGGGUAGCCUCUGAUUACAGAAAUAUCCCACCAGGUGCGAUCAUCAUCAACCCUCAGACAGGUCAACCCUACUCUAACCCAGAUGGCAGUGUGUAUACCUACAAUCCUAACAUGCCCCUCCCCAACGGCCAGCCGUCUACGUCAGUGUUCCAGGCAUCAGAAGUCUGGACGCAGAGCUCGGUGCAGGAUGGGGUGACUGGGACAGAGCUGUGCAAGCACCUGUCAGCGAUGAAUCUUAGUCAGCAAUCAUCCCUGGACAGUGUGGGUGAACCCCCGGGGCCCCACAACAGUGUCCAGUAUGUGGUUGGGGGACAGAAUCAGAUACCAUCUGUUAACAUACCUCAGCAGUCUUAUCCAGUUGCCCAGCCUCCAUUUUAUCAGGGUUCACAGAAUGUUAAUGGACAACCAGCAGUCAGAUACCUGUAUCCCAUUAAUUACCAAAAUCAAUGUCAACAUCAGAUGUCUGGUGACAUGCAAAAUCAGACUUUUCCCGCGUGUUCUACACAAGGCUUUGGGAGUCAGUAUGGAGCAUCGUACAACACAUACCCUGUAGUGGCCACUCAAGCAAUGGACACAUUUAACUACUCACAGACUGCCUACCCCGUAGCCCACAGUGAAAACAAUGUGACCUAUUCCUCUUACCCUGUGCAAUAUUCCUCAGGGCAGCCACCGCCCCAACAAGUGUUUUAUCCUAAUACACCAAAUGUACAGCAAGGAAUGACAAACUACACAUUUGGAACAAAUCAAGGACAUUACCAAACCUCCCCACCUAGUCAGCAGACCCUUCCCAGUGCUAAUGGACAUGUUCAGACUGUCCCUCAGGGUGCGGGAGUCAUCCCCCUCCCAGGAAAUCUCCCCACCCCCACCUCAUCACAGUAUGUGUAUCCACCAAUUCCUCAAUUCCAGGGGCAGCCACGCGUGGCCAGCCCUCAAAUAGUGCAGUAUCAGACAGUGCAGAACCAGGCUGGACUGAACCCGACGGGAAAUCCCACACAGCCAUUUCCUGUCAUUCGUGGCCUGCAAAUGAAUGUGCAAGUGCCCCAGAUUCCAGGCAUGGUUUCGCAAACACAGAGUGUACCCCAAGGCCCGGUGACGGUCAGUGCCAAAGGAUGCACAUUCGAAACUACACUGCCAAAAAAGGACUCUGACAAGCAGGAGUAUGUUCUAGGGGGGAUAGGGAGCUUAGGAUCACCACUUGUAGCUGGACCCAGACAAUUAGGACAGAUUCUUAGGCCACCUACACAGAUUCAGACAGACCUUCAACUGAUAGGACAGCCCAGUAUACGACCACAGAUUCCAUUACAGCCAGUACUUCAUCAGCAAAAACCAAGAAUGUCAAAUCAGCCAAGUAGCAAACCCCCGAAACUAAAGCACUCAGGCAGCAAGGACGGGUCCGAAUCCUGCUCCUCCCACAGUUUUGAUUGUGAGAGUCCCUCAGCUGAAUGCUUAGAAGUAUAUGGUGUACCACCAGGCCUGUGCAGACUGGAAGUAGAUGAGAUGCUUUCUGAUUUAACAUCGCUAGGAGUUCAAAUCGAACUUCAAAAUGAAGACAGUGAAAUGCAGACAAUUCUAGCUCUGCUCCCAAGUAACUUAGCUGCAGCUGAUCUCAUAAAAACCCAUAGUAACGGAAACUAUCAGCUACGAUUGUGCAAUUCGGAUAUUUAAUUAGGAUGUGUUAUAGGUUCAUAUUUUUAUACUUCAAUUUUAGUGAGUGAUGAUCAUGUGCAAAGAAAAAAAUCUCAGUGGAAUUUUGUUCAUUUAGAAUUAGAAAAAUGAACAUAAAACAUAGGGUGAUGGAUGAGGGCAUAAAGAAAGAAUAUUGUAUAGUGAAAAACAGAUCCUAAAGGUCAACAUUUUAAGAGUGAAAAUAGUAUUUUUACUGUCCAUGUUUAAAUAUUGUUGUUAGGUUUAUACUUAAUAUAUUUAUAUCCAAGUUGAUUUUGAAGAUAUAUAAUGUGGUCUAAGAAUAACGAAAAAUGUUAUGGUUUUUUUUUUUUAAAGAAUAUUCAUUAGCGACUGUUUCCUCUUUUUACCAUCUGAAAUUUGAUAUUCUGUGUAUAUUGUCAGGGUGUUCCUCGGAAUCUCAUUUUUUAUUUUCUAUUUUUGGGUUUAUUUCUGUUCAGUUGUCAGUCAGUGAACUGAUAGUAUGGUUUUCAUCAGUGUGUUUCUGUACUUCUACAUUGGUGUUUAACCCCCUUACCAUGUGUCUCUUCACACACCCCUUUUCCCAUUCAUAAUUUAGCUCAUUCAGAGAAUUUUUGUUUUUAAAUUUGACGUUGAUUUUUUCUUCUAUGAAUAAGCAAGUAUUUUUAAAGUACACGUAAAAUAGAAAAGGGGCACCAACUGAAGUGAUGUGAAGAUUAGAGGUUGGAGUCCUAUCGCAUUUCUUAAAUUACAUAGUUUUCAGAAUUAUUGUGUGCUGUUUGCAGAAACAGAAAUAUAUGCAGCCUUUUUUCUCUUGAUAGUCUUUUUUUACUAGGGAGUUAUAACACUUAGGUAAUGUUGAGAACCAAUGCAUACAUUAAAAAGGAAACAGGACUUGGUGUAUUUUUAACUCACCUGAGCUAUAAGCUCAAGUUAGCUUUUUGAUCACCUGUUGUCCAUUGUCUGUAAACUUUUAACAUUUUUCACUUCUUUUCUAGAACCAUUGGACCAAUUUCAACCAAAUUUGUGAUAAAGCAUCAUUAGAUAAAAGGGAUUCAAAAUUGUUCAGUUAAAAGGUCACACCCUUUUCAAAAGUGGAGAUAUCCGAGUAAUAGUGAAAUUAUGGGGACAUCUUUUAUAAAUAUGAGUCAGGUCAUAAUAUGGGUUCAAAAUUUUUUAUGGGAAUAAAGAGGGUUACAGGACCAGGUGGACUUGGGUGAGCAUGGGCUUCUUGUGCAUAUAUCAAGAAUCCUUGACCAAAAAAAACCCCCAACUUUCAGCUGACCUAGAUCAUACUUUAUCUCUUAGUGUGAAUAAAUAAAAAUAUUGGUAUAAUUCAUUCUGAUUAGAGCUGAAGAAAAAUAACGCACAAUUUAUCUGUAUAUGAAAAAUGUUUUGGAAUGCUAAUAGGACUCCAUCUUUAAGAAGAUUUUUUAAAUUUUUUCCUUGACACUUACAAAUGAUAUUUGUAAUUGAUACCGGGAUCCAUGACAUUAAGGUGUUAGUACACCAGGAGAACUACCAGUGUAAUCCCAAUAAGUUUAUUUUCUAUGCACCCUACCAAUGUGCCUAGUUCUGUUUUCAUAGAGAAACCACACAGUAUUGAUGUCAGAAAAAUAACAUUUCUGUCUACUGGAGAUAAGAAUUGUAUAAUAAUUAGUAUUAUAUUAGUGUGAUCUUUUUCAGUUCCUUUGGCAUGCAUACUGUUUAGUUCUGUGAUGGGAUCAGUUUUCGUUCCUUACUUUUGUGAUCUCUCGACAUUGCUUUAAGUAUACGCAUCAGUUGCCAGGAGCAGCACCCCUUCCUUAUAAAGGCCUCCACAUUUUAGCAACCCCCCCCCCCCCCCCCCCCUCUUCUCCUCCAGAACACCUUUAUGAUUAAGUAUACUGCUGCUCAUUCAACCAAUUUCGAGUCCUCAUUUAAGAAUUGCCCACAGCUGACAUUUUAUGAUGAGUGCUGGUCUUGUGUUGUACAUGUGUAAUUUGUGUUUAGCCACCGGUCCGUGGCUAUGUUGCCGUGUGUACAUUUUUCAUUUCUGUACUGGGGGUUAAACUUUUUAGGGAUAUUAUGAAGAAAUCAAAAACUUAGUAAAACAAAUGCCUUCUGACAUAAUCAAAGUAGCAACUCAGGUCAAAAUGUAUUUAUGUACUGAUGUCAUUCAUUCUGUGUGCUAUUACUUUAUGUGGACAAAAGCAAAAUAUAGGAAUAACAGAAAAAAUAUUGACCAUGGAAAAAUGACUUGUAAUUUUCAGUGAAUAAGACAGUAGGUUGUCUCGGACAAGAGGGAAGUUCCUACUGAUCAUGAUAAAAACAUGACAGAGUACAAAGCCAGACGACAUUCGGAGCUUGGCGGACUACAAAUUCCUUCAGUUGUUAAACAGUUGGCUUCGAUUCUGCUGUUCUGUGAUAGUGAAUGCAGUUGUGAAAUUGUUUAUGUAUUAUGUGUAUUUUCAUUGUCACCAACAAUUAAGUCUGUUUUAGUCAAGUUUUUUUUUUUUUUUUUUUUUUUUUUUUUUUGUUUUUAUAAAUUUUGUUGAUAAUAAAAAGUCUACUGCAUAACAUUA